GAAACAGAAUCAAAUUUUUUUAUUUUUUCUUUAAAAAAAAAAAAUACCAAAAGAAGCGGAAACAGAGAAAAAGAGAGAAAAAUGCUGAGUAGAUCAGUUGCUUCUGCUGUUACACCGGUCUCAUCUUCUUCUCUCUUACCAAACUCAAAGCCUAUCUUCUGUCUGAAAACCCUCUCCGGUUAUCGUUCUUCUUCUUUCUGUGGCGGCUGUAUUCGUAAAAUCAACCAUAAGCCUCUUCGAAUGACGAGUUCCAAUAUUACACCAAGAGCUAUGGCCACACAACAGCUUGAGAACGCUGAUCAGCUCAUUGAUUCUGUCGAAACUUUUAUCUUCGAUUGUGAUGGUGUGAUUUGGAAGGGAGAUAAAUUGAUAGAGGGAGUUCCUGAAACUCUUGAUAUGCUUCGUGCCAAGGGAAAGAGAUUGGUUUUUGUGACAAACAACUCAACAAAAUCUAGGAAACAGUAUGGAAAAAAGUUCGAGACUCUUGGCCUGAAUGUUAACGAGGAGGAGAUAUUUGCUUCAUCUUUUGCUGCUGCUGCAUACUUGCAGUCUAUUAAUUUCCCAAAAGAUAAGAAGGUCUAUGUGAUUGGUGAGGAAGGUAUCUUGAAAGAGCUAGAGCUUGCUGGUUUUCAAUACCUUGGAGGUCCGGAUGAUGGUAAAAGACAGAUUGAAUUGAAGCCAGGUUUUCUAAUGGAGCAUGAUCAUGAUGUUGGAGCUGUUGUGGUUGGAUUUGAUCGCUAUUUCAACUACUACAAAAUUCAGUAUGGAACACUCUGUAUCCGUGAAAACCCGGGGUGUCUUUUCAUCGCUACAAACCGAGAUGCUGUCACUCACCUUACUGAUGCUCAAGAAUGGGCAGGUGGUGGCUCUAUGGUUGGUGCUCUUGUUGGAUCCACUCAACGUGAGCCUCUUGUUGUUGGAAAACCCUCAACUUUUAUGAUGGACUAUUUAGCAGACAAAUUUGGAAUCCAAAAGUCACAGAUAUGCAUGGUUGGUGAUAGAUUGGACACUGACAUUUUAUUCGGGCAGAAUGGCGGUUGUAAGACUCUACUCGUCCUCUCGGGUGUUACUUCAAUCUCUAUGUUGGAAAGCCCUGAGAACAAGAUACAACCAGAUUUCUACACCAGCAAGAUCUCCGAUUUUCUGUCUCCGAAAGCCGCAACUGUAUAAUCUAGUAAGCCCCGCGUCAAUCACUCUGUAGAACUCAGGUGCCUUUGUGUGCAUAGCAAAUUAGGGAGCCAAUGUGUUUUUUUUUAGGAAGAGUUUACAGAAUUGAACCAAGCUCUAAUCUGUAAGGGUUUCUCUCUUCAUUGCCUUUAAAUUAUUUGUUUGUGGUCAUGUAUACAUAAAAAGACCUUGCAUAACACAUUAAAUAACGGUAACAUAAUUUAUAAACAUUCUUUCGCAAUCGAAUAAACCUUGCAACCAACCAAAAGAUCCACCAGUUCAUGCAAUAUCGAAAACACCGUUGUUAUUAACCUGAGAUUCAGAAACAACAUCCCAGCUAUUUAAAAGUUAUAAUAACAAAGUGUCAGUCAUGUAAGACCGGCCAGUCAUUUGGCUUAAGAAGAACCUUCACAAUAUCGUAGGAGACAUCCCCAAAGAGCACGUUUUCUUUGCAUCCAGAAGAGAGAACCUGAAAAUAGGCUCGGCGACUAUACAAAUAGGACCACACCAGCAGCAUUCCUCAAGACCCAAGAAGCACCAGAACUGUGCUGUUUUGACCAAGCAUAUCCAGUACUUUAGAAAAUGAUACAAAGGAGGAGACCAAAAUUUAUCUAACCUCGGUGCAAGACCCGCAUG